AUGCUCGUCGAACUCAAAACCGGCGAAACCCUCAACGGCCACCUCGUCUCCUGCGACACCUACAUGAACAUCACCCUCAAAGAAGUCGUGCAAACGUCCCCCGACGGCGACAAAUUCUUCCGACUCCCGGAGUGUUACGUGCGUGGGAACAAUAUCAAGUGCUUGAGGGUGCCGGAUGAGGUCGUGGAUAUGGUCAAGGAGCAGCAGCAGAAGCUCACUCGGUCUUUAACAGCCGACCACAACCCUCAGCAGUCCCACCAGCGACAACGCUAA